GGAGCGGCGGCGAGGCGCUAGCGGAGAUUCGUGGCGCCGGCGAAGCCGCCGGGGUGCGGCGGUCCCACGGGCGGGCUCGUUGCGGGGCGGCGGCGCCAGGGCUGCCUGGGGCGUGCCUCGGCGCGGCGGAGGGAGCAGCGGCUCCGUGGCUGUGCUCGGCCUUAAGCUGUGCGAGCGCAUGACUGGUGCUUUAUCGGAAGAAACAAACCUUGGAACGUGUAUGUUCUCUGCUUUUCUGAAAGUCCUUGGGCUGUUCUUUGCCGGUGGGGGUGGUGCUUCUUCUGGUUAUUGCAAGCCGUGAGGUCGGUCCCGCUGUCCUUUCUCAAAUCAAAGCUUCCAGCGAGAUGAACAGCCGCUCUGUUGGGAGGAUUUAUGGCUGUCGCGCCCCGGUUACCCGGCUGAAGCGCUCUGUCGAGGUUCGGUCGGUGCGGUGUCUCUCUCUUCUUCACCUGCUUUGUGCCGAGGUCUACCAGUCAUGAAACGAAUUCUUCUGUUUUUUAUCUUGGCUGCUGCUGUUAUGUAUGGUAUACUGCAUGGAAAUCUGUGGAGAAAUAACCUCUAUUGGAUUAGCUUUUAUGGACAGACUUCCUCUGUGAGGGCUCCUCCUUCCUAUGAGACUAGUGGAGUUACCCAGCUGCCACCUACAGCUGUGGAGAGAAGGAAUGCACUGGGUACUUGUGUCCUGAAACCAGCAUUUGAAUCUUUAGUGGGUGUUGACAAAAUAUACCCAUUCCUGUGUGCUAACGAUUUUAUCAGAGUGGCUGAGUUCCACGGGAGCGAUAAGUUUGAACUGCCUUAUGGAAUAAAGCGAGCAGAGCAAUUUUUUCGUUUAGCCCUUUCAAGACUACAGAACUGUGGACUUUCCAAUGAAGAUGACAGUAUUGCCUGUCGACGGUGUGUUGUGGUCGGUAAUGGAGGAGUGCUUCGAAAUAAGACGUUAGGAGAGAAGAUUGACUCGUAUGACGUGAUAAUAAGAAUGAAUAAUGGCCCUGUUAUAGGGUACGAAGAGGAUGUUGGGCGGAGGACGACUUUUCGCCUUUCUUACCCGGAAUCCAUCUUCUCUGAUCCAAUCCACUAUGACCCUAAUACAACUGUUGUUCUCAUUGUCUUCAAACCACGUGACUUGAAAUGGCUUUGGGAGAUACUAGGUGGUCAGAAAAUAAGUGCUAAAGGCUUUUGGAAGAAACCAGCUCUGAACAUGAUUUACAGGUCUGGUCAAAUCAGGAUCCUUGAUCCCAGCAUCACCAGAAAAGCGGCUUAUGAAUGGCUUCGUUUCCCAAUAAGGUUUCCCAAGAAGGAGAAACCCAAGCAUCCAACAACGGGGCUAAUUGCCAUUACACUAGCAUUUCACAUAUGCCAUGAAGUUCACCUGGCAGGCUUCAAGUACGACUUCACUGACAGAAACAGUUCUUUGCACUACUAUGGCAAUGACACGAUGUCUCAGAUGAUGCAGAAUGAAUACCACAACAUCAAUGCUGAGCAGAAAUUUCUGAAGAAGCUUAUAGACAAGAACUUUGUGGUCAAUUUGACGUGAAAGCUGAAUGGAAAAUAAGAAGAACAAUCACUAUUUUCAAGAGUUGAAAAAUUUUAUUUUUAUAUGAUGUUUUUAUAUUUUAAGUGCAGCAUAACUGUUUACUCUUUAAAAGGAGCACAGAAACCUCACCAAGGCAGAAGCUUCUUCUAAGCCUGAGGGUGACUACUGCAAAUAAGUUAACAUUUUCUGUGAAGCUAUUUAAUAAUGGCAAAACCAUGGAACGUUCAGCUGAAAGUAUUGGGAAUAUAUAAAAAUGUGAUGCACAUCACUUAUUUAUCAGCAAGAACUCUUUCCAAAUGAUUACUUGUCUGGAAUACUUUUGUUUCUGAUGUUGUCCUCCAAAAGAGUUACACUGUCAAGAGACUGAGGCAACCAGAGUUUAAUUAGUAGAUGGGUAUUGAGUCUUGAAUGUCUGUCCUAUAGUAUGAAAAUGACUUUAAAACGAUGCCUAUAAAUUGUUACCGUGUGCUUGGGAGAGGGGGGAACACAGAGAGUGUACAGGUUUUGGCCUGCCCUGCUGCUGAGGAGGGGACAUCCAUCUUCGGCAAAGAAGCCACAGCUUCUGCACUGGCCAUUGACUUGGAACUGCUGUCUGCCUUUGCCAAAGGUGAAGACCCUUUGGUCUGACUUGGGGAGAUGCUGAUGCUGACAAUGCUCGUGUUGUACCCAGUUUAUGGAAAAUCAUGCUCCCUGUGCUGUGUGCCCAGUAAAUUUUACAGUUGGUGACGUGACUUAGAAAAGAGGGAGUAUGAAGACUGAAGAGUUGUCCUAACUAUCUGCCUGUCAGCUGCUUCCCCCAAACCACAACAGAAACGUGAGGGAACUUACUCGGGAUUUUAAUUGAAACAUUUAAUGGGACUUCUGUGUUUCCUGUAUCAGUUUGUCUUAGACGAGCCUGUUGAAUAAAUCUGCCUAGGAACACCCUUGACAACUGUCAAAGAACAGCUACUAAUACACUGUUCCAAUUCUCUCAUAGGGCGUGCGUAUAUAUGUUUUUCUUUCUUGUGGCAGAUUUGCUUGAAGAUCUUGCGGUUAUCUUAAUCACACCUAAACAAAGUACAAAUAAGUCCCCUAAAAAAAAAAAAAAAAAAAAAAAGAAUUUCAAGUUGGUAGAAAAACCUUUGCUGCUUUUUAAAAAAAAUAUAUGGAGAGUUUUAAUACCUUUAGAAGCAGUGCAAACAAUUACAAUAUGAAUACAAACCUCUAGCAGGUCAAGAGCAUGGUAUUUGUGUUUUCAGAAGCUGAGGAUUACAAGAGUACUGAACACAGUUUCUUUGCUGCAGCAACGUAGAGGAAUAAGCAUUGAAGUGACCAGAGAGUCAUCUUUUUUUCUUUCCUAUUUCUCUUGUGGAGUGCAAUAGGUAUUUAAAAAAAACCACCUUCCUGUAGUUCUCAUCCCUGUCUUUAGCUCCUUGGCUCAGCCAUUUGGGAGUUAGUGAGGGCAGUGUGGUUUGGAGGGGAGCCACAGCUGAAGGGGAGGAAGCUUGGGUCUUCACCUAGUGACUCCUGAGCCUUGGUCUGUUUCAAGCAGAUUGGACAUACCUGAAAUAAUUCCGUGUGUCAUAAAAAUCUAUGGCAGGGGGUGGGGAAGGACCCCAAUGUGUCUCUAGCAAGAGACAGGCUGUGCCACGGUGUCCUGCCAGCUGGACGCAUGUCCCUUGGGCCUGGCUGCCACAGGUGAUGCUCAGGGGGUGGCCCCUUGUCCAGUGGUGCACGGGGUGGCUGGUGGGUGCUGGGGCGACGACGGGGGGGGAAGGGGGGUCCUGGGGCACCAGAGCAGGUGGCUCUGGUGGUGGAAAUGGAGGAAACCACAAUUUCUUCACCAGGUGGCAGAAAGGGCUCUGACUCAGUUAUUUGUGCUUCCUUUUUUAUCUUUUUUCUGGGUUUUUUUGUUUGUUUGUUUGGUUUUUUUAACCAUGUACAUUUCUGAGGCCUUUGCUUAAAAAUCUGAAUUUGGACAGGUGGGGUUUUGGGUCAGUAAACAGUGACACUACUGUCUUUUUUUCUACCAGCAUAUAUUUCUCAUUGUUUCUGUUAAUUAAAAAGGUUUGUUCGUGAUUCCGCAGCCCCAGACCUGCAGUGAUUUAAACUACUGAUAAUAGUAAUUCCACGUGAAAAAAAAGCUGAGAUAAGGCUUUCCGCACAGGUUGCAGUGUCAGCCGAGCUUUCUUUGUGUCUAAGUGCUUGGUAGAUCUCAGACUCUCUUGAGAGCAGAGCCAGGCAGAAGUGGAGGGCUGCUGCUUCCCCCUCGGAACUCUGUGGUAGCUCCCAGACCCAGCCCCCCGGCUCUGCCAUGGGCUGCCACUACAGGUCCAGCUGCAUCCCUUAACGUGUCACAAUGUGCUGGCCAUGAGGACUUUUUUCCAGGAAAUCCGUUGAAUUUGCCCUGUCCUCACAGUGCCUGGUUCUUGUGAAUGGUGCAGGCUGCUUCCCUCUGCUUCUCCACCCCUGUCCUUGGUGGCAGGAGGACAAUAGGGAGCUCUGCUUUAGAGGAUGUAGUUAUUUUCUCUCCAGAGAUACUCUUCCCACUAACCUAAACUGAUUCCUUCUAAUUUUCCUAGGAGGUUUUCUGCUUUUACUGGGGGGAGGGGGGAGUCGGUUUAUUCUGCUACGGUUAGAAUCUAAACAGAAUAAUUGGAAAAAGGGUUUCACAGGAAAUAAAUUAUGCCCCCUGAAGUCCUUUUACUUAAAAUGGACUCCUUUAUUCUCUUUUUUUUCUUUUUUUUUUUCCUACCACAUCAGCUUUUUUAGUCUUUCUAAGAUCCCCAAGAUAUUUUUUAAAUCUAUAUAACAUGUUUGGUAUUCUUAGUGCAUUUAAUAUGCUAUCUACAAGCAUUUAUACCUAUUGGCUGCACGUUUUUAUUUCUUCUUAAUAAGCUUCCCUGAUGGCUGACUUGUUUCUGAAAUUAAGUGGUAUUCUCAGGGGUAUUUUCCCCCCACCUAUGUGCUUCUGCAGGGAUGUUAAGUCCGUAUAUGCCAAGGUUACUGUCCCAGGGUGACUGAGUAACAUUUAGAGCUGACCUGUUCACUUGGGACUGAGCCAAGGGCUGAACCUCGGGCACUACUUGUUUUGGUUUUUUUUUGUUUUUUUCUUGAAAGCAUGGCUUGCAGGUCCGUCGCUUUUCUCUUCAAUAAUAAGCAGCGACCCAAGUGAUUCAUUCCCUCCCCCACCCCCCUCAAUGUUUUAGUAGGAUUCUGCUUCAUCACUUGCUUCACACAGUCAUUUCCAGUUCUCUGCUUUAAGGACCGGUAUUGCUUUUACACUAACUUCAUGCAGGCAAGAAUACCUGCAGGUAGUAUGAUUUUCAGUGAUCAGCCCACAGAUUGGUGUCCAUUCUGUCUGGGCACACAUUUUCACAGGUGUUUUGCAAUACCAAAGACUUGCCUUGGGACUUUCUGAAAAAAGCAAUAAUGCAAACUCCAGAUACUUAGAUCUCUUUUCUGAGAGUGAGCUGCUAUUAAGAUUUUCUUUUUCGGUUUCUGCCAUUCCUGAAAGUGAAAUCUACACUUAAACUUCCCUUUAAAAGCUACCCAAUUUUUUUAAUCACAGCAGUAGUGAAGCUGCCGAUUUUGAAUCCCAGGGUGCUGCCAUCUUUAUUUCCAUGUCUGGUAAUGGUGUAACUAUAUAGGUACCCAGUGUCUCCAGUCAAUAUUUUUCCUGUAUCAAUUGCAAAGUCAGGUGAUCUCAUCCCUUCUUCCCCUGUCCUGUUCUCCAGCAGCCUGGUGAAUUUCAAGACAGCAGCAUCUUACAGCAAAGGUGCUCCUGCAUUUUUAUCUGCUGCCCCUUUCAAAAUGCUGCACCACCAGAAAGACCCGCCUCUAAGGUACCACAGUAUGCACAGAACAGGCAGGAUGACAUGCAUCAGCUGAAAGCUCUGUUUGGCUCUGACUUCUGAUGGGGUUUUCUUGUUUGUUUUUCGGUUGGGGAAAUUACUUUUCCCUCUGCUAUAAUAACUAAGGGAAGCACUAACAUACGACUCAGAAGGUCACAGACUGUUGCACUAAAUAGGAAUCUGAGAGUGCUUAAGAGAUGCUACUAAAUGAUACUUUCAGUGACUGUAUUGGUGGUGGUAUAGAAACAGUAAUAAUUAGUGUGUGGUACCUCUUGUUUCCUAUGUCACAUUUUCCGUUUUAACAAUGCCCUGGGAGGUAGUAUAAAUACCUUAACUUUUAAGUGGAGUCUGAAUUUUAAGGAUGUAGGAAGUUAACGUCUGGUUUUGGGAUUGGUAAAUACAUAUUUUAUUUGCCAUUUGUCUUAAGUUUUAUAUGCCUUUAAAGUGCCAGCUGUAUUUUGAAAACAUUCUUACAGUUGUUUCAAGUGAAAUUUUGAAUGCUACAAAUGAAAAGAGAUUAUAUUCCUGUGAAUAAAUUGUGUUAAA